GCAAGCCCUUGCUUGACCAGUCUCAAGAAAGCUCGUCUACGGCUCUGCUCCUCGCCGGCGAUGACGCCCGCGGAGACCUCCCCGCCGGCGCCACCUCCACGUGCUUCUCACCCUGUCUCCUCCCCGCUCCUCCUACAAGACCCCACAACCCAGGCCACGUGCCCUUGGAGGGAGCAGCUCACCGUCCGUGGCGUCGCCGUGGCUGCGGCGCUGGGCGCGCUGCUCUGCGUGGUAAUCCACCGCCUCAACCUCACCGUCGGGGUUAUACCGGCGCUUAACGUCGCGUCGGGCCUCCUCGCCUUCUUCCUCGCCGCGGCGUGGCGUGCUGCCGCCGGGUGGCUAGGGUUUGGCCGCGGGCCGCCCUUCACGAGGCAGGAGAACACCGUCAUCCAGACGUGCGCCAUAGCAUGCGCCGGCCUCGCGUUUAGCGGGUGCUCCGCCUCCUACAUCUUUGCUAUGGACAGGAAGACUUAUGAGCUCGUGGGACCAGACUAUCCCGGUAAUCGAGCCGAAGAUGUUAAGGAUCCUUCACUUGGCUGGAUGAUCAGUUUCUUGUUCCUCAUUGCUCUCGUUGGGCCAUUUAGCAUUGUCUUGCUUCGAAAGGUAAUGGUGAUUGAUUACAAGCUUGCAUUCCCUGGUGGAACAGCUACAGCUUUGAUGAUCAAUAGCUUGCAUGGGAAAACGGAUGGUGAUCUUGCAGGGUAAGGCAACAGGAAAAAGCUGCACUGCCUUGUAAAAUACAUGGGCAUUAGUUUUGUUUGGAGCUUCUUUAAAUGGUUCUUUAGUGGUGUUGGUGACUCUUGUGGUUUUGACAAUUUCCCAACAUUUGGGCUUGAAGCUUUUAAAAGCACGUUUUAUUUCGACUUCAGUCCUAGUUAUGUCGGGUUUGGUUUUAUUUCCCCUCAUAUUGUAAACUGCUCAGUUUUCCUUGGAUCUGUCAUAUCUUGGGGCUUUCUUUGGCCAUUUAUUAGUGCACAAGCUGGUCAUUGGUACCCAGAUAACCUUGGUAACAGUGAUUUCAGAGGCCUAUAUGGUUAUAAGAUAAUCCCAUAAAACAGAUACGCCUUGUAACUACUAUCUGUAAACAGUCCAGUGUUUGGCAGUCCAAGCCUAAAUGGAAUAAAAUCAUGUGGGGAACAAUCCCCCCCUGUUGAGCUUUUAAAAAAUGAUUAAUGUGCAUGGGUUUCUUCAACUGAAUUUUGUUUCAAGGAUCUGGGAAAUGAUUUUUUUUGGCCUGCAACACUGAAGAUAGGUCAUGCUGUCAUGCUUGAUUUCCUCAUAAAAUGCGUAUUCAUGCAGGUCUUCAUAGCCAUUUCGAUUAUACUUGGAGAUGGCCUAUACAACUUGGUUAAGAUAUUUAUUGUCAUUGCUAGAGAAUUAUGCAGCAUGCAAUCGAAACAACAUGAGCUGCCUGUUCAAGCUCUGGAAGAUGACGGGAGUUGUGAACAACUAGCAGAUGAGAAACUACAAACAGAGAUAUUCCUCAAAGAUAGUAUAUCUCCUUGGUUUGCUGCUUCUGGUUACAUUGUCCUGGCAGCAAUAUCCACCGCCAGUGUGCCCGCCAUAUUUCCCCAGCUCAAGUGGUACCUUGUCCUCCUGUGCUACUUCUUCGCUCCCGUGGUUGCGUUCUGCAACUCCUACGGAAUGGGCCUCACCAACCUGAACCUUGCCCCGACCUACGGCAAGAUCGCCCUCUUCGCGUUGGCCUCGCUCGUCGGCAGUGAUGGCGGUGGAGUCAUCGCCGGCCUUGCAGCCUGUGGCAUCGUAAUGUCCGUUGCCUGUUCCACAGCCGAUCUAAUGCAGGACUUGAAGAGCGGGUACCUGACCCUCUCGUCGCCGCGGUCGAUGUUCACUGCCCAGCUGAUCGGCAUCGCGCUCGGGUGCGUCAUAGCUCCGCUCACGCUGUGGCUCUUCUGGACAGCCUUCGACAUCGGCGACCCUGACGGGGAGUACAAGGCCCCCUUUGCCAUCAUGUUCCGGGAGAUGGCCAUCCUCGGGAUGGAGGGCUUCUCCGCGCUGCCACUGCACUGCCUUGACAUCUGCUAUGCCGCCUUCUUCCUCGCCUUGGCCACCAGUCUCCUCAAGGACGUGGCGCCCGCAAACGUGUCCAGGUUCAUCCCCAUACCGAUCGCUAUGGCUGCGCCGUUCUACGUUGGCGCCUACUUUGGCGUGGACAUGUUCAUAGGCACGGCGAUCUUGUACGCCUGGCAGAAGCUGAACCGGGAGCAGGCUGAUGGUUACGCGGUGGCUGUGGCGUCCGGGCUGAUCUGUGGAGAUGGGAUCUGGAGCAUCCCUUCUGCUCUUCUGUCCAUCCUGGGAGCUGUUCCACCCAUCUGCAUGUCGUUCGAGGCUUCCUCUGCUCCCAGGUGAGAGAUGAACAAUACGCAGAAGUUUUUAUUACUGGCCAUAUGUUUGCGCCAUUGAUGAAACCAUAUGGAUUGUAACACAAAGGAGGUGUUAGUUGUUCGUAAUUUGUACCUCCGAUGAUUUUAUAUGAAACAAAAACACGUCUUUGCAUGUAAUGUAAAUACAUACAUUCUCUGGUUUGAAACUUCGAAUACACAUCGUAGAUUUUUCAUUUUAAACAACUAUACAACAUAAGCAUCAACUGUAAUGUUGUGUUCUAUA